CCGGACGUCGGCGGCUCGGCCUCAGUGUUCCUCGGGACUGCGUGGUGUGAGGGUGUCUGUCCGCGCAGCUCCGUCGCCGAACUCGCGCUACGCGGAAACGUGCGAGGAAAGGGGAAAUCUUGUUUGAAUUUCUUUCAUUGUUUAUUUAUUUGUUCUUCCCCCGACGCGAGUUCUCUCUUUGUGUGCGUUUGUUCGGAGGAGAAAAUUCGAAAGAAGGAAAAAAAAAGUUUUUGUUGUGUGAUUGCCGUAGAAUGUUAGUGCAAGAGAUGGAAAUGUUUCUCAGAUAUGCCUCGGUGUCUUUCCUUCGUUACCAUUGAAAUGUAACAGCCUCCUUUCGGUCGGAAUUAAGCUCUGAGAUUGGAAAUUGAUUCGCCUGCGGGAUUCCUGAGAUAAUUUGAGAUUGAACAGCGAAAUGUAGCGGAAGAUAUGUCGAGUUCAAGAGUGAAGAAUCUGUCUAGUUGAAUUCACAUUACCAAGGAGAUGUUUGGGCAGGUCCUCCGACUGGCUCUCCUGCUGAGCCUGCAAAGGAGGUCCUGGGCCUCGACGCUCUUCCCGGGGGAUCCUCCUCCAAGACCACCUGUGGCUCCUCCUCCCCGCCCGCUGCCGCCCACGCGAUACUCGGACCACUCCUACCCGUAUGCCUCCGGGCUCGUCCACACGCACGGCCUCGGCCACGGCGGCGGCGGCGGCGGCGGCGGCGGCGGCGGCGGCUUCCUCGACUUCUACGACAGCUUCGACGAGGCCGGGGAGAGCUGGGAGGAGGACGAGUCGUGGUGGGACGGCGUGGAGGAGGUCGUCCUCACCAACUCCUACCACGAUGGCUUCUCCUACGACGACCUGGCCUACGAGGACGACCUGUACGACAUCAACUACACGUGCACCGACACCAUGGAGUGCGACGAGUUCGCGGCUCUCCCCCCGCCCCCCGACUUCAUCCUCACCCUGCCCCCUCCCCCCGUCCCUCCCUUCCUCCAGGGGGCCAUCGGGCGCCUGCAGGAGGAGGGGGGGAAGAUGAUGAAGCAGGAAUCACAGAAGGACGAGGACGAGAAGGGGGAGGAAAUGGGCUGGGAGUUCGACCAGUGCGCGCUGUGCGAGUGGGCCGGCGGGGGCAACAAGACGCUCAACCUUCUCCCUCCAGUAUCAGAAUCCGGCGUGGGCGGUGGGAUGAUCGGCGUGCUCGUGGGCGUGGCGCUGAUCUCCGCUGUGGUGGGCGCUGCUGUGAUGGUCGUCCUGCUGAGGUGCCGCAAAUUCAAGAUUCUGCCGUCCGGUCGAGACACGUGCCCGAUGCUGCUGCGAGGCACGUGGACCAAGGGCUCGAGCGCCAGCGCCACGGCCAGCGGCCCGGGCGGCACGGCGACCCGCGGCGUGCCUGCGGGCGAGGCGGCGGGCAAGGCCGGCGAGGAGGCGGCUGCGGCGGGCGGCGGCACCACCCACACGGGCUGGAGCAUGAAGCUGUGGCGGCGCGGGUCCUCGCAGGAGCGCCCCCUGCGGCCGGCGUCGUCCCAGGGCUCCGAGAACUCGUACACGGAGGAGCCGUACGUGAACGCCGACGCCCAGAGCGCCGUCUACGCCGAGCUCAACUCGACGUCGGGGUCGACGCCGGCCGGCAGCGCGGCCAGCGGCGUGUCGUACCACCCGUACUCGCUCAACACCUACUCCGAGAUCCCCGACCCGCUGCGCCCGCUCUCGCUCGCGGGCGGCCUGCGGGCGUACAUCAGCGAGGGCACGUACGAGAACGCGGGCUACGUGCUGUCGGAGGCGGGGCUGGAGCAGCCCGAGAGCUCCGUGGGCUCCACCUCCACGCCCUCGUCCGCCUACUACUCGGACGUGUCGUCGUCGGACACGCAGAAUAACAAGAAGAAGAAGAAGAAGAGGAAGAACGAGGAGCUGAACAACCUGAACCUGCAGCGCUCGCUCAUGCCGGCCAACAUCUCGGCGAGCGUGAGCAUGAUCAGCAACCACAUCCUGGGCCACGGGCCCCAGGCGCUGGCCGGGCCCGAGCGCCACGGGCCCCUGCGCGACGCGGGGCUCACCGCGGGCCCGGUGCUGCACCCCGGCCUUCACAACCGAGAACUCCUCCCCCUGGCCCUCGAGCUCCUGCCCCAGCACGUCGCCCUCGACAACAGAGGCGUGGAGGGCGUCCUGCCGCCGCUGCAGCCCAACAUGAACGUCAUACAGACCGCCAGCCAGGUGCAGACCCUGCCUGGCAACCUCAAAAAUAUAAACGAGGCUCGAGCCGUGCUGGGCGCCCCGCAGUCCUUAGGCGGGACGGUCAACGCCAACGCGAGUCCGGGCGCCCCCGCGGGCCUCAACAACAACCUGGAGGAGGAGGGCGACGAGGGCAGUCACAGGCCCCUGCCGCCCCUGCCCAGCCGCCAAGUGCAGGGGCCGCAGCGAAGAGGCGUGUACGUGGGGCAGAGCAAGCAGGACCAGCCGCUGCCGCCGGUGCCCUCCGAGUACGUGUGAGCCUCCCCGGCGGCGACGCAGGAGAGCGGGCUGCUCGGUCGGUCGUCGCUCUCCAGGGAGCGACUGAGGGACGCGGCGCCUCCCCCGCGGCGCCCGGCAGGAACCCUUGCUGGCGGCGCUGCGCUACUUAACAUAUCGACGAAACUCGAAGUGAAGAUCUCUAGCUUUGUGCAAUGACAAGAAAAACCCAAGACGUGUGUUUGGUUGGAGUGGCCGGACUUUGUGCUGAGGUUUGUGAGAGGUUGGAAGGAAGCCGUUUUUGUAAGAAACGACGCACACUCAAAAUUAGGACGACAUUUCAUAAUACAUGUAAAGAUGGGCAUCAUUAUUUUAGAUCGUACUUUGUGUAUAUAAUGUAAAGUGUGUACAUAGAUAACAUUAAAUAAGCUAAACUACUUUGCCAAGAACAUUUUUUUCUUGUAACUGUGAUUUUUGUUCAAGUGUUGAGAGGAUUGUACCUCUAGGUGUUAUUAUUAUAAAUGUGCGUGUCUGCGUGUGCACGCGUUAUUGCCACAGAUCCUAGGUUUUGAUCGAUUUAAGCGGUGGACGAGUUUCUACAACUCCCUCACGCCACAGAAGGAACAUGACAACCUCACUCUGUUUUAUUUUUCUUUCUUUUUUCUUCCCUCUUUUUGGGUACUAUUAUGAAUUUUUCUCACUACGUAUUUUUCUUGCUGUGAAAAUGUCUACCUGCCUAUCGGGCGAGGUGGCCACAACUUCUGUUCCCUCUCGUUCUGUUUCUCAUUCCGAACCUUGGUAAGACGGACCCACGCCUACUGUUCACGUGGGUCGGAGGAGCCAGAUUUGUGGCCGUCCGAGCGCCUCCCGAACGGCGGCCACAGGGGUCUCUGCAGGCUCAAUAGGAACUAGUCAACGCGAUGCAUUCCGAAGGAGUUGGGCGGAGGUCCAGAGGAGGAGUCUCGUCCUCCUACUCACACCCGGCCCUUCUCUACUUCGCUCUUCUCUUUCACUCCCUCUUUCUUCUGUUUUCAGUCUUUCUGAUUCUUAUAUUUCCCCUUGAAUUCUCCUGAACUCUCUUAGAACUUGGCCUCUCUUUUUUUCCUGUUCUGUCAAGGUGUCAAAUCCUGAAACUGUGAAAAGCUGAAAAGAUCUGAAAUUCGUGUUUACUGUAAGAAACGUGUGUUGUGAAGAGGUCUUUAUAGUCAGCAUUUCCAAUGUUAGAUUUAAUUAUAUAAAAGGUGAAGAAAAGAAGAAGUAUUUUGUACCUUACAACACCGGUCGAACUAUUUGUACAGCAUCCAAAAAAUCCAAAAAAAAAAAAAAACUUUUUGAAAUGUUUUAAUAGGAAAACAAUAUUGAAUUUUUAGUGUUCAGUGGUUUGUGUUGAAGUCACCCAGGAACGGCAGGUUACAUGUGGACAGUGUGUUUCAUGGCGUAAAAUGUAUUGAUCUCGCUCACCCCGAAAUUUCGUUUGGCAAAUCAGUCAGGGAAUUAAGACACAUGUGUGAAACCGGUAUUGAUUAGAAUACGAUGACGAUUUUGUAUCAUUUCGUCUCGCGUUACGUCAGUCAGACACUUCAGACGAGUAGUGCGAAAACCUCUGGAGUUUCUCGAAUCCACGAAGGUCUUUCCUAGUAAGUGAUCUCCGUCUCAAAGUACCAAGCCUUGGGUAGUAUUUCUUGAAUAGCGAUUACGAUUUGAAGCGUAGUCAUUCAUCAGUGCUAUGUAUCAUUUAAACCUCCAAAAUAUUGUUUACUGUUCUAUAGCCAUUUUACAAGCUUCUGGGGCAUUCACACUAUGUAUAAGAUUUUGUUUUUUCAAGACAUUUUUGUUGUUAUUGUUCAGCAUCCAAAAGAAGUCUGCGAAAAGGCUUCCAUUUUUGUUGCAAAGAAGCUUUUUUUUAUAUAUAUACAUGUGUAUUCUUCUGGGGGGAAAAUAAUACGACCAUACAUUCCACUAUGAAAUUAUUGUAAUUUCGUGAUAUCAUGAUUUUCAUUCCUUUUGUUUUGUCUCUUUCUUUUUUUUUCUCAUAUUUACCAACAUCUCCCUUCCUUCCCUCCCUCCUCCCCAGGCUUACUGAAAGCUGAUGUUUCCUGGAUCCGGUGCUUGAUAGAGUUAGUCGAGCUUGCAGCUGGUAUAAUGUGCUUCAGUGGUCCCGGCUGGCUGGUGGACAUGCCCCCUGCGGGGUGGCCGGCUCUCUCUCUCUCUCUCUCUCUCUCUCUCUCUCUCUCUCUCUCUCUCUCUCUCUCUCUCUCUCUCUCUCUCUCUCUCUCUGUCUGUCUGUCUGUCUGUCUGUCAUUCCGUCGACUGCUCUCUCUGUAUGUCUAUGCCUGUAUUUAUGUGUACAUAUAUACACUUUUCUUUCUGUACAACCCUCCCCAUUUCCAACUUUCUCCAUCCUCCGUAUUCCUUUCUCCCCCCCGUCCGCCCUUGCCUCUUUCUCUCUCUCUCCGGGAGUCGCGUCAGCCGCAAGGAAUGGCUCGACAGCCUCGGGAUUUUUUAUUUAGUCAUACGUGAUCACUAAGAUUAAGUAACGGCUGUGCCAAUGACAUAACUUAAUCAAUUUUAUACUUCGCUAUACCAAGCUGUAUUAUAAUAAUAAUAAACAGGUCACCGAUUUUGGAGUAUCUGGAGGUAUAUCUUUACUGAAUAAAGAUAGCAAGAAAUAAAAAAAAAACAAAGACACAGGAGAUAAAGACUAUCGUUUCGUAAUUAAGUUUUCGUUGAUAAAAGACGAAGAAAGUAAAAAAAAAAAAAAAAGAGAGAAAAUCAAUACUUUCUCUCUUUUUCUGUUCCCUAUUUCUCCUAAAGUAAUAAUUCCAAAGAAAGAAGAAAUCCAAAAAUUCAGAAUUAAAGGCCUUUUAGCGACCGGAAACGACAGUCGAUCUCCUGAAACGGUCAUCCAAUUCUGUCAUUUUUAGACACGUUGCUCUUAUACUCCAGAGUUAAUAAGACAGUUCUGUAUGAGUGCUAAAUACAUGCGUGUGUAUAGGUCACUGUGCUCUACAUAAUCUUAAUUAUAUACUGAUUUUCUGCUUUUGCCAUUUAUCAAUGUUAUCGACAGUGUCUGUGAGUCUAGCUUUUAAGUUACACAUCAUCAUUAUAUAUGUAUAUUAUAUAUAUACUUCGGUUGUUGAUUUAUUUGAAAAUCUGUUAUAUAUAUUUUUUCCUUUUUUUCUUUUCUACAGUUGAUGCAUUUAUUUGAUUUUUAAUGACAUUAUUUAUCCGAUGUUACCUAGUCAAUUGCCUCUGGCCGAGAGCACGAGGAAAUAAAAUGUUUUAUACUGAA